AUGCGCCUUCCAACGCUGCUUUUAGCAGCCUCAUCUCUGGUUGGCGCGGUGUUCGUCGACGAAGUUGAUGACAUCGAUUACCACCACGAACUUAUCGGCGUCCCCCAAGUCGAGACCACCUUCUUCCACAAGCCUCGAAAGGCCGACAAAGCUUCCCUCCUGUACUCGCUGAGCGAUGUCGGCGUCGUUGGAGCCGUCAACCCUAGCAAUGGCGCUGUCGUUUGGCGUCAAUUUCUGACUGGCAAUAUCACAAAUGGCGGCGGACACUUGCGAGCGGCCGAAGGCGAGGAUUGGGUUGUGUCCGCGUAUGGCAGUUCAGUACAUGCCUGGAACGCCUUGUCGGGUAAAAACGCGUGGUGGAUGGACUUUACAGGCGAAAUAAGGGAUUUGGAGGUGAUGGAGCUGACGGAGAACGAUCGCACAGAUGUUCUGGCGCUCUUUGAAGAAGAGGAUGGCUCGUCAAUUCUGAGGAGACUAAACGGCGCCGAUGGCAGCGUCGUUUGGGAGUUCAAGGAUGCAAGCAAGACCAACCCCCUCCAGGUAUCUAACAACAUCGAAAAGAUCUUCGUUGUCAGCCUUUAUGGAUCAGCCAACUCUUACGGUGUGCGUGUGUCUGUUCACGACACUUUGACAGGCAAGCGCACUGACGACAUCAGCAUCGGCACUAAGGGCGAUGUGCUGAGCAAGGAGGACAUCAUGUUUGUUGGUGCCAACUCCGCCUCUCCCAUUGUCGCCUGGACCGAUCCCUCCCACACAAAGCUGAAGGUCAACGUUCUUGGCACCAAGGCGAAGCAGGAGUUCCCUCUUCCAUCCGACACAUUGCAAGUGGCGAUUCAUGCCCCGCAUCACCUCCAUUCCGAGCCGCAUUUCCUGGUUCACAGCAGAACCAGUACUGGCAACAAGGGUGAUGUUUACCACGUCAAUAUUAAGACCAAUGCCAUCACCAAGGACCACGAGCUUCCCCUGCUGCCUGGCCUGGGCGCUUUUUCUACCAGCUCUGAGGGCGCCAACGUUUGGUUUACACGCAUCACUGACGAGGAAGUCAUCCUGACCUCUUCCAACUCGCAUGCCAUUCUGGGCCGUUGGCCGUACAAGGCUGGCACUGAAGGCGUCUCUGCAAUCCAUGCUGUCUCAGAGGUUAUCAAGAAAGCUAGCGACAACUUCGCCGUUCGUUGCGCCGCCGUUACCACCUCAGACGACUGGAUUUUGGUCCGCAACGGAGAGCAGGCCUGGAGCCGUCCUGAGGGUCUUACUGGUGGUGUUGCCGCCGCUUUCGCCGAGAUCCCCGAAAGCGAGGAUCUGGCUAAGACUCUUGAGGCGGAGGCUCACAGCAACAUUCUUUCGGCGUACAUUCACCGCGUCACCCGCCAUAUUGACGACCUCGCCUAUCUGCCAGACUACCUUGCAUCAAUCCCUCAGCGCCUAGUCAGCAGCAUUACUGGAUCCGAAAUCUCACCCAAAGAUGAUCGCAUCUCGCGUGAUUCCUUCGGCUUCAACAAGUUGGUUGUCCUCGCCACCCGCCGAGGCAAGCUGUUCGGUCUCGACGUUGGCAAGCACGGCAAGGUCAUCUGGAAGCUCAAUGCCUUUGACAUUCCCCGCGGCCAAGCAUGGGAUGUUAAGGGUAUCUUCGUGGAGGACGUCAAGUCCCAUGUUACUGUACGUGGCUUCCACGGAGAGUAUGUGGUUGCCAAAACCGAUACUGGCAAACUGGUCGACGCCAUGCCCGAGGGGUCUUGGGCACAGACUCAGGCUGCUGCGAUUGUUGACAGCCCAUCUGGGCAAUGGCUUGCCCCUGUUGGUAUUGGUGGUGCCAUCGGCGACGUCCCUGCUGCGUGGGCCCCUAAGCAGACCGUUCUUGUCCGUGGAUCAAACGGAGAGCUAAAGGGGCUUACCUACAUCAACAAGGAAGAAACUGCAAAGGAGCAAGUCGCAUGGGAGUUUUCCGCGCCGGCCGGUUACAACAUUGUUGAUAUCGCCACUCGCCCUGUCCACGAUCCCAUUGCAUCGAUUGGUAGGGUUCUCGGUGACAGACGCGUCAAGUACAAGUACCUAAACCCCAACACCGUUGUGGUUUCUGCAGCAAACGCUGCCAAGUCUACCCUUAGCGUCUACCUCCUUGACUCUGUGUCGGGCCAGGUUCUGCAUUCUACUACUUAUGAGGGUGUCGAUAGCAACAAGAACAUCCAGUGCGCCCUCGCCGAGAACUGGUUUGUGUGCACGUUCUUCGGCCAGUACUCGCUGAAGGACGACGCUGGUCAGCCUCUUUCCGGCCAGUCUCUCAAGGGCUAUCAGAUUGUUGUCUCCGACUUGUACGAGAGCGAUUACGCCGAUGACCGUGGCCCCCUGGGUGAUGCUGCCAACUUCUCCUCCACCGAACCGGUCGAAACACCUACUGGAGCCCCUCUUCCCUCAGUCAUCAGCCAGGCUUGGAUUCUGUCUGCCCCGCUGGCUGCUUUGGCUGUCACCCAGACACGCCAGGGUAUCACCAGCCGUAAUGUUCUGGCCUACCUUCCCGAGUCGCAUGCUAUUGUCGGUCUGCCACGCCAGCUGCUUGAGCCCCGGCGUCCUGUUGGACGUGACCCGACACCUGCGGAGAUGGAGGCCGAGGGACUGAUCAAGUACCACCCGGCUCUGGAGAUCGACCCAAGACAGAUUAUCACUCAUCAGCGCGAUGUCAUUGGUGUCCAGAAGAUCAUUACUUCACCCACCAUUGUUGAGAGCACCAGCUUGGUCUUCUCUUUUGGUGUUGAUAUCUUUGGCAGCCGCGUCGCUCCUAGCUUCGCUUUUGAUAUCCUUGGAAAGGGGUUCAACAAGAUCAGCCUCAUUUCCACUGUACUUGCCCUCACUGUCGGUGUUGCCGUGUUGGGCCCAAUUGUGCGCAAGAAGCAGACGAACCUGAGGUGGGCAUAA